AUUUAUACGUUUGUGUUUUAUUUUAUAUAGAAACCAGUUAAGCGAAAAAUGAUGCGAAAAUUGCUGUAUCAUCGUGGAGUUGAUGACUCGACAGCCACUUACGUCACUGAUUACGUCAUCGGUGGAAUACUGAUCCUAUACUCAGUAGUUUUAUUGGGAAUUGCAAUUUUCUCAAAGCGUGCUGCUCGUAGGCAGAAAUCCAAUAAAAUAGCGAAUUCAACAUUUGACACGUCAGCAAAUUUGAGCAAUCGAACGGAAAACGUGGAAACGGAUUUUCUCGCACUAGGGUUAUCCCCCGCCUCCAGCCAGGAGCGGCAAAAUUCCCAGGAAUCUUGGCAAAAUUCGUCAGCAGUGCCGCUGUUACUCUUAACUAGUCUGAUGUUCGGUUUGUGCGGAAUCAUGCAUAUUCUCGGUGGUUCCACACAUGAAUGGGCACAAACAACGGCAGAUUACAGCAGCACAAGCACAGAUCCGUUAAUGAUUCUUACCAGUACAGUAUCUGCUAGGCGAGCGCUUCUUCUGUCUUUUGUGAGCUGGCAACUCGCUAAUAUAUUCGGCGGUUUUGUGGCCGCGUGUUUUCUUUUGAUGGUGCGGUAUGUUUUCAUAGAAGAGAUAGAAGCGGGUUUAGACGAGGAUAAACAAAGCAGGGAACGAUCUUCGUCCAAAGAAAGCAACCAAAGUUAUGAGUUAAAUGUCACUUCAUCAGAGGUUCUGCUACAGGCUGAUAACACCAAAAGAACGCGGGAUUAUGAACCGAACAAUCCGACAAGCAGUAAAUGGUGUUCAAUCGUCGGGGGAGUUAUAAUAUUACUCUCUGUUGUUGUGACUGCAAUUAACACAGUGUACCAUGGUUGGAACAUAUUUUCCUUCGUCGCUGACUUAAACACUGACGCUAAACGAAUUUCUCAUCUAAUGCAAAAUUCUAAAGGGUAUAGCGAAGCAACCAUAACAGAAAUGUCAGGGAAUGGGGGCACUGAAGUAACCACAUAUGUGACAUUGGAUACGGAUAAUGAGUCCUCUCGAUUUGGAGACGACUUGGACAGCAUUACUACCAUGCCUGUUGAUUUUGGUGGCUUUUCGAGUCAGGCUGUGAGUCAGGUCAAUUAUACUGAAAUGUGGGGAAUGGACGCUGCAGUUCCACUUUUGGGUAUCUGUGUCUUCAUAUACGCCAUGGUGGUGACGUAUCUCGUUCUGUCACAUCUGAAAUGGAACGAAUCGUUUCCGAAGAAAACAGGUUUUACCAUAGGAGCUCAAAACGCGUUGUGUUUGCCCUUGCAAAAGCGAUGCCCUCGCAAAACAAGUCGCUGUGAUUCGUUUUCAAAAUCCUUAAUCAGAACACUUCGUUCAAUCGGGGCGUGGGUUGUACUUUGUAGCGGCAGCAUCCAGUUUAGUUUUACGUCAAAAUGCAGUGGGGACAACGCUUUCAAACAGCUGGGUUGUCCUUUUCCAGACGCAUUCAACCACAAUGCUGUGUACCAUGUCGUACUUGGCCUGGGUAUGACGUUCAUUUUUCUCGCGGAAGUUUUUAAGUUCGUCAGAGCCAUUUCCGCACGCCAAGAAAAUGAUACAAACGUGACGGUCUGAUCUGAUUCAAUUAUGUGUCAUCUAUCCGUUUUAUCACUUUUUCGUAUCUUCAAAACACUUUUCCAGGUAAACUGGUACAACUUGUCAUUUAUCUGAAACUGUUUUAACCUUUAUGAUUCAAGUCGAAUUACCUGUUUUGACCGGUUUUGCACUAAAAACAAGUACUAUAAAAUUAUAUAUUGCAAUUCGUUUUUAAUAAUUUUUCAAAUCGUUAUAUUUAAUACUAACGACUUGUUAUAAAAUGUUGAAGAACACAGCUUUUAUGUUUUGCACGUAUAUGAGAUCAUAUAAUAUAAAAUCUAAAACAAUAAACAAACAUAAG